CAAAUUUUAGAGACCACAAUAACUCAUGAAAUUGCAGUUGACCUUCAAAGGUUACAAAGUUCCAUUUUUCCAUAGAUAGAUCAUAGAUAUGUACGCCCUUCCAAGUUCCAUCUCUUGAUGGUUUUUUUCUUUUUCUUUUGUUCCUGAAUUCUCAUCAACAUGCUUAGUGUAGUAACCAUUUUUGGGUUGCUAGGGAACAUAACAACAGGGCUGGUUUACCUUGCUCCAGUGAAAACGUUUUGGCACAUUGUGCAGCGUCGAUCAACAGAAGAAUUUGAGAGUCUUCCAUAUGUUGUCAAGCUAUUAAAUGGAUACAUGUGGGUUUACUAUGGAGUUGUCAAGCCUAACAGUGUUCUUGUGGCCACUGUUAAUGGCUUUGGUGCCCUCCUUGAGCUUAUAUAUGUGAUCAUAUUCCUAAUCUUUGCACCUCCAAGAAUGAGAGCUAUAACUGCCAUACUUUUUGGUGUUCUGGAUGUGGUGUUCCCAAUUGCAGCUGUUUUGAUUACUCAGCUCUCCUUUGAUAGAGAAAUGCAAAUCAAUAUUGCAGGCUUCUUGUCUCUUCUUUUCAGUGUUGUUACCUAUGGUUCACCUCUUUCUAUCAUGAAAACAGUUGUGACAACCAAGAGCGUGGAGUACAUGCCUUUCCUCCUCUCUUUCAUCCUAUUCAUCAAUGGAUUAACCUGGACUGUCUAUGCAGUGCUUACUAGUGACUGGUUUAUUGGAAUACCAAAUGGAAGUGGAUUUGUUCUUGGAAUAGCUCAACUGAUACUCUAUGCAAUAUAUUGGAAGCCUAAGCAAUCAAAGACAACAUCUGAUAAUGUAGAAGAUGGAUGGCAAGAGCACCUCAUAGCCGAUUCUGGUCCAUAGCUAGGGAAAAUGAGAGCAGAGCUGAGGACUAAUUUCAUAAAAAUUUUGCAUCUUAAGGAAAAUAACGAAGAGGAGAAAACGAGCCAACAUGCUGGAUUUCAAGCUUCUGAAUCAAAAUAGGCAUCUCAAUGCUUUUCUAGCUAUAGCUUUGGUCUCUUUCUUUAGCUGUACUAUUUUCAGCAUUUCAAGAAACCAUGCAUUACAUUUCAUCUUGAAAACAGAUCAAAGGGUUCUUGAUAGUUGGGUUUGAAUGUUGGAAAAUACAUCAGAUUUCCAACUAUAUUAACAGAAUUUUUAGUGAUCAUGUUCAUUAAAUUUCAGUAAUUGACUGAUUGGUUAUUGUACAAUUGACUUAUAGUUGUGGAAAAACAAAAUAUCAGAUAGCCUAUGGACAAAUGUGGAUAAGGUCAGAUCAUACCAAUGAGCCCUGCAUGAUUAGUACAAAUUCAUACUUAAACUGUUAAUUUCUUCUUUAAUUCAUU